GUGCCUGAGGCUCUGCUUGCCGCCGAGCCUGUCAGCGGAGAGUGCCGUCUCCUGGCGGAUCUGGUCGGUCGCUCGAACCAGUGCGUUUGCCAGUGCGACUGUCACUGCUGCUCGGAGGCCGCCUCGGGGAUCGGACUCACGGCCUUGCUUGGGCUGCUGGCGCUCUUCUCGGUCAUCGCCUUCACGCUUGGCCUGCUGAUCGGCUGCAGCUUCGGACGCCGCAGCUUGAGCACGCCGCCGGUUGUGAACGACACGCUCGUGUCCAUCAUCGAGGAAGAUGGACACAUCAGUGACGCCAAGUGGGUCGUCGUCUCUCGGGACUGGGACAUCUUCGAGGAGGACUUCGCCGAGGCCGACGACCUGAAGCGGUUCCUGGCCAACGGGCAGGCGCCCGCGACGGUGCGCGUCCUCCCUCACUACCUGGUCGACCACUACCGCUUCGGCCAGGACAAGCAGUACUACAUGGACACGGGAGAGGCUCUCGCGCGGGGUUUGCGUCCCGGCGGGGCUGUGGUCCCUGCGGCUGUGCCGAUCGCGGCGGGCGCGGGUGCCGGGCCCGCCGCGAAGUGGUGCGCGCUGGAGGCUCGGGGCAGUGUGGGGCUUGGUGAUGCCCUCACCGCUUCGCUGGGGUCAGUCGAGUUCGAGUCUAACGAUCGGUGUAUCUUCAAGCUGACGGACGGCACAGUUCUGAGCGGAGGGCUCGAGGGCACGGACGCACAGCAGCGCUAUCGCCGCUCCUUCGCGAGCGCGCUGCAGGACAUGAAGCCCGUGGACUUCGGCAAGAGCUGGGAGAUCGAGGGCACGCGCUCGACGCACUACACGGCGGAGCGGAUCUACGAAGGCAACCACAGCCCGGUGCAACGGCACUGCUGGUGGCGCUCGGUGAUGGGGCUGUCGGCGACGGACGUCGGCGUGGACGAGCACUUGCUGUUGUCCCAGCUCCUAGAGGUCGGCAUGACGAUCGAUCAGAUGCAGGUCUGCAAUUUGGCGACGUUCGAGCUCCUGAGCCAGCGUUACCAGAUGUGGGAGAGCGCCUACAAGGAUCUGCUGCGAGAGGUGGACACGGGCGGCUCGGGCGGCGACGACUGGCUGAGCGAGCGCUCGCUGUUCCUCGGCGUGAAGAAUCUGAGGAGCAGCGCCAUCGUCAUGCCUGAACUGGAGGACUACGUGGCGAGGGAGCUGGCGGCCCGCGCCGCCGUGCUGAAGGAGCGCCGCAAGGCGCGCGAGGAGGCCGCGCUGGCCAAGGGAGAGGGCACGGGACCGACGUCGGCUGAUCCAAAGAAGAAGCCCAAAGGUCCCAAGGAGAAGGUCUGUGCUGGGGGUGCCAGCGGGCUGGGCUUGUCCCAGAGCCAGCGGCGGCGGCUUCGACGUCGACGUGCUCAGGAGGGCUGGCUUUUCGAGGGCAUCCGCGCCUUGAACGAGCUGGGCGCCCCGGAGCCGCUGGCGGCCUCGCCCUCGCCCUUGACUUCGGCUCAGGUCUCGGCCGUUCGACGCCUUGCUCGGCAGUACGGAUCAGUCGCCGCUCCCCCGCCUGACUGCGGGAGCGCCCUGGGAGCGUGGGAGGCGCUCCAGGGCACACGGGCCGGCUACGCGGAUGACGCGAUGGCCGUCGGUGCCCGGGCGAACUUCGAGCGAGGGAACGCGUCGCUUCCCGCGGGGCUCUCUGGGCGAGUUGCGCUGAGUGAGUGCUUGCCGCCCGCCCUGCAGUCUGCGCUUGAAGAUCG